UCAAUCAGUCGUUCGGAAUUCGCGAAACUAUGCGGUCGCCGUACGAAGAUAGUGCUGCCGUGUCUACGGAUAACAAGUAUCACACCAGCUACAGCUAUAAUAGCCACACGAAUAAUAAUAACAAUAAUUACCAUAAAAACUUUAAUGGCAACGGCAAUGGGAUACCCUAUCACGCGCGCGAAAAUUCAUUGCCCUUUAGCUACGGCAAUGCCAAAACGGCGACGCCGCUGCGCAAAACGCCAACGCCAACGCGCGCCGAUAGUUUUCUCGACUUUGAUUUUGGCUUAGGCAGCAAUAGCAACAGCAACAAUAAUUAUAACAAUAAUAAUAUUAAUAAUAAUAACGAUAGUAGCAGUGGGAGUGAUAUGAUAAAGCCGCAGCCACGUUUAACGAGCCCUCUGCUGGUGCGCAAAACACUCGGCAGCCGUGUGAAUGCAAAUGGCAACACGAAUGGCUCGAAAAUGAAUACGAAUUCGAAUACGAAUACGAAUACGAAUACCAUAUCGAAUACCUAUCAUUAUGGGUCAGCGGCGAAUGUGACACCGCCGCGCGUCGACUUUGAGCAGCAGCUGCGCGAGCGGCGCGACAAAGUCUACAACGAGUAUCGAGAACGUGAAAAGGAGCGUGAAUUGGAACGUGAAUUGGAACGUGAGUUGGAACGUGCUGCGGCACGUGUGCCGCCCACGCCUCCGCUGCGACGCCAAAGCAACGGGCUGAGUCACAGUAAAUACAAUUAUGAUUUUGAGUUCAAUUUAAAUUUGGAUGAUAUCAACGAACGCAGCUCGCUGCCAGCGCCAGCGCCAGUGCCAGCCCCAGCACCAUAUAAUACACGGAAUAUAGAGUAUCGGCAGGAUAUGGAUGUGCCGGAUGGUGCGAUCAGUGGCAACAGUCGGCGCUUGGAGUCCACAAUUGUGGAACGCAAUUAUCACACAAUUAACCGAAGCAGCCACAACAACAGCAACAGCAGCAGCAGCAGCAGCAGUAAGAGCAACAACAACAACAACAACUACUACCACAGCUUGGAACGACCUCCAAUGGAAGUGACAUACAAACAGCUAGUGGAGCCACAGAUGGAGCAGCAGGCGCACAUUUAUGGCCAGAGCCAGCUGCAUCUGGAGACGCACACGCGAAACCGUCGCGAUUUGUCGCCCAUUUAUGCCAUCAGCACAAAACGCAACACGGCUGCAGCUGCUCCAAAUAGCAAUGGACAGCAGCAGGCGGAUUACCUGUUAACGCCCAGUCCCACUAGUCCCCGGCCAGAGACGCCCGCUUUUCCGGUCACGCCACGCACACCAUUCGGCAGCAGCACCUUGCAGCGCGCCUCGCCCACCACCGAGUCCAUAUACCAGACGAUGGCCUCUGCCCGGCAGCGUCUCAACUCAGCGCCGUCGCCCACCUUUGAGGUGGCGGCGGAUUUGGUGAAAUUUGCACGCAACUCGGCCAAAUUCUGGUAUAAGCCCAUGCUCUCCCGGGAGGAUGCCAUUGCCCUGCUGAUGAAUGCACCGCCGGGCACAUUUCUGGUGCGUGAUUCGACCACCUAUGCGAAUGCCUACGGUUUGGUCUUGCGCGUGGCCCAGCCGCCGGCGGGCAGCCAUGAGCUGGUGCGUCAUUUUCUCAUCGAGCCCACGCAGCGUGGCGUCCAUUUGAAGGGCUGCGACAAUGAGCCCACGUUUACCUCGCUCUCGGCAUUGAUCUAUGAGCAUUCCAUUAACAAGCUGGCGCUGCCCUGCCUGCUGCUCAUACCCGAGGCGGAUGUGGUGCCCGGACUGGCGUCCACAACGGCGGCACAGCAGCAGCUGCUCACCCAUGGUGCGGCAACCAAUGUGCUGUGGCUCUACAGCUGCGAUACGGAAUCCCUAACCGGUAACGAGGCCAUACGCAAGGCCAUACGGCUGAUGUACGCACAGAAGCCGCUGCCGACGCCCACCGAGGUGCACUUCAAGGUCUCCGGCCAGGGCAUCACGCUGACGGACAACACACGCAAGAAGUUCUUCCGGAAGCACUAUACGGCCGAUGUGAUCUCGCACUGUGCCAUCGACCCGGAGAAUCGCAUGUGGAGCAACAAUCCCAACGAAUCCGACAAGAAAACCAUCUUCGCCUUUGUGGCGCGCAGAUCGCACAGCUCCAAGGAUAACCAGUGUCACGUCUUCUGCGAUCUAUCUGUCGCCCAGCCCGCGGCGGCCAUUGUCUCCUUUGCCAAUCGCACGCUGCCCACCGAGAAGCAGCGCAACUACGUGCUUUGAGGUGCGCCCGGACAUGGAAUGCGCCACCGAAAGGCACCGAAGGCGACUUACCGUUAAGUCUGUACAGUGUUGUACAGCGCACAUAAAUUGCAAAUGUCACGAGCAUUACACGAAGCAACAGAAAAUAAAAUGUAACAACAAAUAUAUUAACAAUAUGAUGUCACUCACACACACACCCACACACACACACACACACACAUUUAAGUUGACUAGGCGCACAGUGGAGCAAAUCACAGUGCAUAUACAAAUAUAUAUAAAAAAUCAAUUUGUGUGAGUAGAAAAAAUAGUUUCGUUUUAAAAAUUAAUAAGUAUAUACAGUACGCCCCCGCUCAACUCGACCGCUGAAAAUUGGACCAAUUGGACCUUAAAAUGCCUUUUAUUCACAAUAAUACUAAAGUAAUUUGAAUAAAUCUAUGUGUACAUUCAUUUUAUUUGAUUUAUGUUUGGAAAAACUCAAAACUUAUCAUGCGUGAAUAUUCCAAGUUAAUUUUCUUACAGAGUUAACUUUCUAAGCGAGUCUAAAAUGUUAAAAAUUCUAGUGUUGCGUGUAUUAGGGGUUGCGUAGAGCGAGUACGUACUGUACUUGUUCAGCCUUUUUUAUCACAGAUCUAGUAUGCUUAUAUAAUUAAAAAAGUAUGUUUUUUUUUUGGCUAAGAAUAAAUAUCAAUAAAAUUGUACUUGUAGCCUGAAGUCUAAACAUGUCAAAUUGUACAGAAAUUCAUCGAAACAAUCUAUCAGCUAAUGAUAUUUAGUUAGCUUAAGCUUUAUUAUUAUAUUUAAAAUAAUAUUCAACAAUUUCUACAAACCUUGCUGUAUGUGUGUUUUUUUUUUGAACCGUUAAAACAAUUAGAAGCUUAUCAAAAUUGUUUGUUUUUUUUUGUGCUUUGUUCGAGCGCUUCUGCUUCACCGUGCUCAGAUUUAAACGAAUUAAGAUACCUGAAACAAAUAAUUUGCUAUGUGUGCAUAAUGUUUGUGUCUGUUUAUAUAAUGUAAGUUUAAAGGCUAAAAUAUGCCACACGAAAGCUAAUUUAUCUAAUAUGUAUCUGCAAAUGUUCGAUACAAAUAAUCUUAAUUUAGAAACAUGCGCGCAACGUAAUAAAUGUUAAUUUAAUACACAAUAUUCGACAAAUAAAUAAAUAAUAAUACAAAAAAAAAAAACAAAAACAAAAUUAAUUAUUGCAAACGCUAAACAAGUUUGCCAUACAAUUUAUAUCUUUACGUAAUAUGUGUAAGUAAAUGCGCAUAGAAAUCAUUAAUAAAUACGUGUUUGGACUUAAGAUCUACUAAUUGAGUCAAUAUAAAUAAAGUGCAAUGAUGUUGAAGAUGAAUGUAUACCUAACAAAA